UCUGUAGACGGCAGAGGCGGAAACACAACCGGAAGUAGUUUGUAGAAAUACAUCCGGAAGUAGUUUGUCAACACACCGAGGCUUUUCUCAUCGGUGUCUGGUUAAUUUAGCUAACAAUGAAUCCGUUAACGAAGGUGAAGCUGAUUAACGAGCUGAACGAGCGCGAGGCCGACCUCGGCAUCAACGAGGCCGUGUCGUGGCACACCGAGUACCGGGACAGCGCCUGGGUSUUCGUGGGAGGAUUUCCCUACGAGCUGACCGAAGGAGACCUGAUCUGUGUCUUCUCUCAGUACGGAGAGAUCGUCAACAUCAACCUGGUGCGAGACAAGAAGACGGGGAAGUCCAAAGGCUUCUGCUUCGUCUGCUACGAGGACCAGAGGAGCACCGUCCUGGCUGUGGACAACUUCAACGGCAUCAAGAUUAAAGGUCGGACCAUUCGCGUCGAUCACGUGAAGAAUUACCGUCCUCCCAAAGACCACGAGGACAUCGAUGACGUGACCAAACGUCUGAGGGACGAGGGCUGCGCUCCUAAAGCUCCAGACGCUGCUGUCCUGUCCUCCGAGGAAGAGGAGCGCCACGUCGUACCUGUGAAGAAGCUCAAAAAAGAUAAGAAAGAGAAGAAGAAGAAGAAAGAGAAGAAGAAGAAAAAGGAGAAGAGCAGAGCCUCCUCUUCCUCUCCUUCACCUCCUCGAGCUCCUCCCCCCAUCAGAGUCAAAGAGGAGAAGCAGGACGUUGCCUACGACAAGUACGACCACAAGGGGGCGCCGUCAGGGGGGCACUCCGUCGGACAGAAGACCAAGGAAGAGGAGAGAUGGAGGGGGACGGACAGAGACGAAGACAGGAGGAGGAACCGUGAGAGAGACGUGGACAGAGAGGACAGAAGAAGAGACGACAGGAGACGGGAGACGGACAGAGACAGUAGAGACGUGGACAGAAGAAGAGACAGAAGACGAGAGACGGACAGAGACAGUGAGAGGAGAAGAGAGRGGGAUGGAGACAGAAGAUAAGAUGAUGUCAUUGUUUUUAAUAACUCCGAAACUGAUUUGUUUUUGUUCAACUAGAAACAAAUA